UCAAAGAUCAUGGAUACCUCAGAGAUCAAAAUUCUCGUUUCAACCAUUCUUUUCCUCUUCAUUAGUGCUUCCAUUUUGUAUUUCUUAAAGAAAAAACACACUACCAACAAAAAGAAACAAUGCAGUGCCCCUCAAGCAAGGGGUGCAUGGCCUAUUAUUGGCCAUCUUCACCUCUUUGGAAGCCAUCAACUCACACACAGAACACUUGGUGCUAUGGCUGAAGAACAUGGACCAAUCUUCACUAUUAAACUUGGUUCAUACAAAGUUCUUGUGUUGAGUAGCUGUGAGAUGGUGAAGGAAUGUUUCACCAUCCAUGACAAAGCAUUCUCCACAAGACCUUGUGUUGCAGCCUCAAAGCUAAUGGGAUAUGACUGUGCCAUGUUUGGUUUCACUCCUUAUGGACCUUACUGGCGUGAGAUUAGGAAGCUAACUACUCUUCAGCUUCUUUCAAACCAUAGACUUGAACUCCUCAAGAAAACAAGAGAAACUGAGUUGGAUUCUGCAAUAAGGAAGCUUUACAAGAUAGAAGGAGGGGUUUUUGUUGAUAUGAAGGAGUGGUUUGGCGAUUUGACACACAAUGUUUCUUUGAGAAUGGUGGGAGGGAGGCCAUACUAUGGGGAAAGUGGUGAUGGCUAUGAAGAAAGUGAAGAAGCAAGGAGGUAUAAGAAGGCUAUGAGAGAGUGUGUGCGUUUGUUUGGGGUGUUUGUGUUGUCUGAUGCAAUUCCAUCUCUUGGUUGGUUAGAUUUCAAUGGACAUGAGAAGGCUAUGAAGAAAACAGCUAGUGAAAUGGAUACCCUGGUGAAAGGGUGGCUUGAUGAACACAAAAGGAAAAGAGCUUCCAAUAAGGAAGAGCAGGAUUUCAUGGAUGUCAUGCUUAAUACUCUGCAGAAUGCUCAUAUUUUUGGUUAUAGUGCUGAUACCAUCAUCAAGGCUACUUGUUUGAAUCUGAUACUAGCAGGAAGUGAUGCUACCAUGGUUACUCUAACAUGGGCGCUAUCUCUGCUACUCAACAACAAAACAGAACUGAAAAGGGUGCAAGAAGAGAUCAACAUUCACAUCGGACACGAAAGGAAGGUAGAAGAAUCAGACAUAAGCAAGUUAGAGUACUUGCAAGCCGUAGUGAAAGAAACUCUAAGACUAUAUCCACCAAGUCCCAUCAUAACCUUUCGUGCAGCCAUGGAAGACUGCACUUUCUCAUGCGGAUAUCACAUCCCUGCAGGCACACACCUAAUGGUGAAUGCAUGGAAGAUCCACAGGGAUGGUGAUGUAUGGGAAGAUCCACAGGAUUUCAAGCCACAAAGGUUCUUGACAACACACAAGCAUGUUGAUGUGAGAGGUCAGAACUUUGAGCUUGUGCCUUUCAGUUCUGGAAGGAGGGCUUGCCCUGGUGCCUCCCUGGCUCUGCGCGUCGUGCAUCUAACGCUAGCUAGGUUGUUACAGUCUUUUGAAAUCGAUUCUCCUUCGGAUGAAGCUGUAGACAUGACAGAGAGCUUUGGCCUCACCAAUUUGAAAGCCACCCCACUUCAAGUUCUCCUAACACCACGUCUACACCCCAAGCUUUAUGAAUUAUGAAUUCUGAGAGCCUUUGGAAUGUGAUAGGUUUUCAAUCUUUAAAUGCUUUACUUGUUUAAUCAUUACUGGUGUAGCAACUACAAGCUGUUGCAAUAAAGUAAUCUGUAAGUUGUUGAAAUAAAUUGAGAUGCUAGUGGAAGUUGGCGAAAGAAAACAUAAAUGACACCUUAAACAAGCAAACAUGUAAAAGCACGCUGCUAAGCAUUUACAAAGUUCAUGCUUCUUCUGCAGCAAAGAAUUGACGGAGCGGCGUUGGAUUCAACCAAAAAGAAACUGACAAGAAACAAUGUUUGUUAGAGUAGAGGAUGGUUGUACUUUCACUCAUGUUGUAAAAGUAAAACAACUCACAAAGAAGUCUCACAUUGGGUAAGGCAAAGAAG